AUGGACAAGAAAAUCGCAGCCAAAAUUUUCCGCAGGAAAAAUGACAAGAAACCCGUGGCAAAUGGACCGGCCAAAAAACGCAUGUCAGCCACGGCCGUGAAAGACAUGCUGUUCCACAAGGCCGUGACGUCGACGCCUUCCGACAAGCCGCCGAUUUUUGCAGGCUGCACAAUCAACAUUUCCUAUAUGGCAGAGUCCGGGGUUUCUGACUUGCAACUCAAGAAGGACAUUAUUGCUCAUGGAGGCCGCGUGUCUCGUGUGAUCACAGCUGGAGUGACACACGUGAUUGCCCGCAACUUCGCCGCCGGCAAGCACGACAAGGUGAUUGGUCGGGCUGUUUCUGUUGACUGGGCUCUGGACUGUCUCAAUCAAGGCAAGAGGCUCAGUGAGGGCCAGUAUCGGCUUGCCCAGGCUUCUCCAGGUCAGCCCAAGAUUACCCUUGGAGGUCAACAAGGAGCCUCUCAAGCCUCCGCUCCAACCGCUUCAACGACCACCGCCUGA